UUUAUGUUCUGCACACUGAUACCAAGAAAGCGGUGCCUUUCAAGUAAAAGUGUGUCCUAUUUAACACUUCAGAACAGCUGAUUACCAAGCUGUGAACUUACUGUGCGAGUCAGUUUCAAUCGAGUUUCUGGUCAAACCAGAUGUGACAACAGCUCCCGUCCAAGAACGCACUAAACAAAACUACAGUUGGAAACAUUUAGCAUUUCCAUUGUCAAGUGUGUUUGUACUUCUUAUAUAAAAUGGCGUGUAGUCGUAUUUCUGCUGUUAUCCGUUGUAAAAGUUCUUAUAUAAAUGGAUCACGGAGACUAUCUACAUCGAAGCCGGUCCAAGCUGCGCUCAAGGUUGGUGAUGCUAUCCCCAGUGCCAGUCUCUUUGAACACAACCCUAACACCAAACUGAAUUCUAGUGAACUGUUUGGUAGUGGAAAGCAUGUUAUUUUUGGUGUACCAGGUGCAUUUACUCCUACUUGUUCAGAAUCUCAUUUGCCUGGUUAUAUUGAAAAACAUAAUGAACUCAAAAAGAAAGGGAUCGCAUCUAUUAACUGUGUGGCAGUCAACGAUCCAUUUGUUAUGAAAGCUUGGGGUGAAACCCAUAAUGCAACAGGAAAGAUACGAAUGUUGGCAGACAUACAAGCAGAAUUUACAAAGGCUCUUGGUCUUGAGAUCGACCUCUCAGCAGUGCUAGGAAAUGUUCGAUCAAAACGGUAUGCCAUGGUUGUUGAGAAUGGUAUUGUCAAGCAGCUACUUGUAGAACCUAGUGGAAUAGAAUUAACUUGCAGUGCAGCCAAUAAACUGAUGAGUGAAAUUUAAAGAUUCUUUUCAAAAGAAAAUGUGAGAUAUAUGAACUUAACUACCUUAACAUAACAAAAAAAAAAUGUAAAACCAAACCAGUCUCUGAAGUGUUUUGUAUUUUGGCCACCAACUGGGAAAUGUUUGUCACAUUUAAAAACUGUUUUGUAGAGUCAGUUUUAAAAAGAUUUUAUUCUAAAUUUUAUAUUUAAAAAGUUAAUUUCUAAUAUUUGUACAAAUAAAAGGGAUAAAAUAUU